UCUAAACCUAUCUGUUCUCUCAAGCAUACGAAUAGUUACUCUUUGUGUAUGUGUGGGUAUGUGCAGAUUGAAAGAACAUUUUCACAUGUUCAUUCCACAGCAGAAAAAAAAAAACUUGUCCUACUUCCUCUAAUGUGCCUCCCAAAGUUGUGCAUUAUUAGCUUCAACUAUUUUGCCCAAACCUUUAAAAAAAGGAACAUGACCUUUUGAAAAAUAAAUCUUAUUUCAAGUAGUUCAGCCAAAAAGUGACAAAUCAUCCAGCCUCUGGAUUCUUGCUGUCACCAAACAAUUGAUGUUAUAUUUUUGCACAUUGAAAUAAACUGAAAUCUGUGAAACCGGCAGGUAUGUUUCCCUGUGGAACCAAUGAGAUAGGUGUGAAGUCAGGUGUGUUUUCAUUGAGACACACAGCGGUUCAUAUCAAGGCAGGCGAGAUGGUGGCCCUGUUGUGCCCACAUCAUAAAGGGUCUAAUGAUGCUGAGCUGAUCUGGACCAGUCACACUGCCCAGGAGACUCUUCUGAUCAGCAGCAUUUCAUCUGCAGAGCAGAGGCAGAUGGGUCUGCUGGUUCAUGGGAGGAAUCUUGUGAUUCUCGGUGCGUCUGUAAACCAUCAGGGGAAAUACUCAUGCUCUCAGGGGAAUGCCAGCAGUGAGUUCAUGCUGACAGUUUACACGGAGCAGAGCAGAGAGUAUGAAGAGCAGACCACGUACUCAACAACAUGUUUCACACAAGAGUACUGCAUGUUGAAUUGCCCUGAUGUAAAUAUCCCUGAUGUAAAUACACCAAACAUGACCACCAACGACAUCAUGUGGCACAAGAAAGGAGAGUCAUUUCCAAUCGACGGUUACUUUUCAAGUGUGGAAAAGAAUAACCAUGGCAUCUACACCUGUACUAGAUCCUACCUGUACGAUCAGCAAUCAUAUAACAGGACCUUUGCGGUGAUCCUUGACGUCAAACCCAAAAUAAUUCAGAAAUCUCCUACGAUCAAUUCCCCCCUCCAGGAUGAUGUAUUUCAUGUAGAUUUGGGCUCACCUGCGGUCAUUUCUUGUAUAGCCGUGGCAUUUUCGGACUCAGAUUCUCUGCACUGGUUGAGCGGAAACUCGAUGUUGAAAAAAAAUGAAAGCUUAACAGUUUUCUACAAUGAAACGAGAGAAAACAUUGAUGGUGAAAUACACAUUACAGCAUCUCUAGUCAUCAAGAUGGUAACUGAGGAGGAUCUAUCAAAACAUUACACCUGUAAACUGGAUUCUGACGACACACCCUCAUCCGUCAUCAUCACACUGGCCCAAAAAGCUCGCCCCUCUUACAUUUCCUUGGCUGUUGGCAGUGUCUGCAUUAUAGUGGUGAUGCUUUUGACUACAGCUGUCUACGUAAAGUUCAAAAUUCACAUCACUCUUUUCCUGCGAGAUGCUCUUGGCUGCCUCAGCAGCGCCUCAGAUGGACAAAGCUAUGACGCCUUUUUGAUGUGUUAUAAGAGCGACACGGAUGGACUGAGUGAAGACGACAGAGAAUGUCUGAAGAGUGUUUUGGAGGAGAGAUUUGGUUACAAUCUCUGUCUGUAUGACCGUGACAUCUUACCAGGGAAAGCUGUAGCAGAAGCUGUGUUGGACUGUAUAGAGCAGAGCCGGGCGGUGGUUCUGGUUCCCACCUCUUUAGAUCCUGGUCUAGGAUCUGGUCUGCUGAGUGUCAUCCAUUCAGCCCUUGUUGAGAAAAAGACUCGCUUAGUUUUCAUCAAAACUGAGUCAACCGAAGUGUCAAAGUCAGGUUCAGUACCGGAGGCAUUACAGCUUCUAAGUGAGGCUGGAAACUGUGUCACCUGGAAAGGAAAACGUUCCCUGAUGCCCUCCUCCUCCUUCUUCUGGAAUAAGCUACGCUAUCACCUACCUGCUCCGCAACAUGUGCCAAAAAUAAGGCUUUUAACUCAGACUGUCUAAGGCAGUGUGUUCACACAUGUUCUCCUGAAAUGUUCAGACAGCCUGCUUGUUCACACAUACAAGUUUUGUAUGAACUUGAAACAUGUUUUUUAUAACUGUAUUAAUCAGUAAUUGUUUUUCAAUAAAAGCAGCAAGGAUAUAGACGAGAAUGAGAUUGCCUUUUAGCCAAUUUCAGCUUUUGUUUUGAUUUGCUAGCACAAUCAUGCAUAUUUCAUGCAUACAGCAAAAAGGCCUCUAGUUAAACAACUGUAUGCUUCCUGUCGCACUGACGCACAAAGUCACUGAGCAGAAAAUGUUCAUGUUAUAAAAUAAUCAGGUAGUUUGUGGAUACCUUGCCAAAUCAAAAUGCAAUUGAACAUUGAACAUAAACUUGUCCGGUCAUUACAUACUCGACUCUCAAUGAAAAGUAAAAAGUUGCUUAAUGUCUGACUCCUUUUUUUCUUCUGACUAUCUAAUACUGAAAGCAAAUACAAACUGUUUUCACAAGAGUUCCAUGUAGAGAUCAAUAACAUUCCUCGUUAAGGGAAAAACUCAAAGCUGGGCUAAACAUCUGACCUGCCUCUGCCUGAAGGUCUGUUGUGGAGAAAUUGUACCUACAGUUUAUAAAAGUCUAAAACAAA